CUUAUCAGAACUAUAAACUCCAUCUCUCCACACACUCUACUAUAGACAUAAAAGCAUCUCUCCAUUAAGCAAGCUGUUUUAAUGAAAAGAAAACUAUACUGCACAGCUUAAGCCAAGCCGAGCGACUCGAUCACAGAAGUAAAUCUUGCUAGACUAUGAAAAUAAACCAGUUCCUGUCUCUCUGGUGGUGUAGCUCGUUUCCUGUAUCUCUGCUGCUUCUGCUGCUGUUUGACUCUUUCUGUUAAGACUGUUGGUUUCACAGAUAUGGAGUUUCUGAUGACAGAGGCAACUUACAAACUUCUUAUUUUAUGCAUGAUACAAGGAACGUACGGAAUGCUUAUACAUCAUAAAGAGUCCAUUACUGCUGUGGAGGGACAGAACGUCAGUCUGCCAUGCUUUGUGGGAGAGGAACAUGAAAUCAAAGUUAUCCAACUGGAAUGGCUAAAACGGCAAAAAGGAGAUGAGAAGAAUGAGAAGAAGAUCGUGGUGUACCAUCCCUCAAUGCCAGCAAAUUACAUUCAAACCGGUCCUCUUCUGACGACGAUGAACAGUUCAAAAACUGGAAUGCUACAAGGCUCAGUCCUGACCCUGUAUGGAGUUACCAUGAAAGACAGUGGAAACUACACUUGCGAAAUUACUUCUUAUCCUAAUGGCUCGAUUAAAAGAACAACAACGCUGCAGGUCACAGAGCCUCCAGCAUCAGCGAAGAUGUCACAUCCAAACGGAUUCAUAAAAGAGGGAGAUAAUGUGAAAAUAACUUGUUCAGCAAGCCCUCCACCACUAAGAUAUGGACUAAGACGGUCAAAGGACAAGCUAUUUUGGAUGGAAAGCUUGAACGGAGAGUUCAUUUUACCAAACGUCACCAGAAACAACAGCGAUCUGUACAUCUGUUCACCUGAAUGGUCAUCUGUCCAAAAUCAGCAAGGUCUCAAUACCACAAUGGAACUGACAGUCAAUUUUCUUGAUGACAUUGAGUGUAACACAAGCAGCCCCUUUAAUGUCAGUUUUGGUGAGGAUGUGACGAUUUCUUGUAUUGCAAAAGCAUCUCAGUUCUUACAAUAUAAGUGGAUGAGGGAUGACACAUCACUGUCUCUCUCAGACACCUUGUCUCUGACUUCCGUGACAUCUAACCAGUCAGGAACAUACAAACUGACAGCUGUCUUUCAGGACAAUCAGCUCCAGACAGACAUAGAGUUUUCUAUCCAUGUUUUCUCAAAGCAAAUCGAGGGAAUGACAACACCUUCCUCAGUAACAAUCAGCAAACAUCUGAGGAAGUUUACCUCCAUGCGAAUCAGCUCAUGGACCACUGGUGCUAUUGAGACAACAACAGAAUCUGGUCACUUCCUAACCAGCACAUCAAAACCAAAUGUUACCACGACAAACCUACAACCCGGACACACCAACCAAAGCACUCCUCUCACUGGCAGCCCUUCUGCUCCACCUGGUGGCAAUGCAUCUCCAUUACACACAAGCACUGUAAAAUCUACAGGCAGCUCUUGUACAGAAAAUCCAAGCACACGUCCAGAAACAGUUACGGGAAGAAAAAUAGUUACUUCUGUUAUAACGAAGAAAAACAACUCCACCACUGUGACAACACCGGGAGAAUCAAAAAGCACAGCAUAUAUCGCUAUUCCGAUUGUAUUGCUGUUGCUCGUGUUGACUGUGCUUCUAUACAAAAGACACCUGAACCAAAAAAAAAUGGAUAUGCCACCCCCUUUCAAACCUCCUCCACCACCAGUCAAAUACACAUCAGUGAGGAACCAUGAUGUCCCCAUGACUGAUAUUCUUGUAUGAAUGUGUCAUGCACUUUUGCACUCAUAAUCUGUGGGCCACAUAUAUACUGACUGGAAGAUUUCUGAUGAAAAUCUUCACUCAAAAUGAAAACUGUGUCAUCAAUUAUUCAUUCUCAUCUCGUUCCAAACCUAUAAAAGUUCUGAUCAUCUUCAAAACACAAAUUAAGCCAUUUUUAAUGAUGCCUGAGAGAUUUAUUUUCCCUCAUUGAAAGCCCAUGCAACCAAAAUGAAUGUAAUCCAUGGAUUACUUAAAUGUAAUCCAUACUGAGUACCGUUCUUCUACCGAAGAGAAACGGUUGCUUUAAAUGAUUUAGUUUAUGAAAGCUCCAAAGCUCUGGAACAAUCUGCCCCUGUACAUCAGACAGGCUCAAACUCUUGCUGCUUUUAAAUCUAGUCUUAAAACCUACUACUACUGUUUGGCUUUUGAAGCUAGGUGAGUGUUUGUAUUGUCGAUUGUUUGUUUCUGGCUUUUUAUUUUGUGUCGUUGACUGUUUGUAGUUGUGAAAUAGGAUACAAGUGUACAGCACUUUGUCAAACACUUGUUGUUUUUAAAAGUGCUUUAUAAAUAAACUUUGACUUUGACUUAUGCUUUUGUUUACAUAUAAACAUUGAUAAACACACAUAUACAUUAAAUAUGUUAAAAAUGUUUUUCCGAAGAUUAAUGAAACUCGUUCAAUUUUCAUUUUUCGUUUAAUUAUCAUUCGACGCAUUAUUUUGUAAAAAUAUUAAUUCAACCACAUUUGUUGUGUUUUUAUGUGAUUUCUUUUACUGCACUUUUCCUCUGUAUUUGUGUCUUUCUGAAUAGGUUGUACAUAUAAUAUGUUGCUCUAAAAACAAUUUGUUAUUUUUUUGUAACUUUAAAAAAAUGUGAAAAUUGUGAUUGAAUUUUUACUGUGCUUUACAAACAUAAAAAAUGUGAAAAUUG